CCACCCUAAGCGGUGGUCAUUUUCUCUCUCAUCAUUCUAGAUCUCGAAAUCAGCCGCACACGGUUCCACCCCCACCACCACCACUUAUAACCCUAAAUUCACUCUCUCUCCUCUCUCUUUAAAAACAUGCCUUUCUUUCCCCCACCGCCAUCAUCAUCAACAACCACCGCCGCUUCAAUCAUCAAUGGCAAUGGUUACUGCAACAAUCGCAUCUCCUUCAUCAAAUCAAGACAUACCCACCGCCGUUCCCGUCUCCGUCACCCAGAAACCUCCAUCCACGCGCCGCCUCCCUCCGCCGUGUUGGUCUCACGAUGAGACCGUUGCUUUGAUAGAAGCGUAUCGAGAUAAGUGGUAUUCUCUUCGGCGAGGGAAUCUUAGGGCGAAUCAUUGGCUUGAGGUUGCUGAUGAUAUCGCUAAUCGAUGCUCCCCCGCGAUGGGGAAUCAGCCGAAGACUUCUGUUCAAUGUCGACAUAAGAUGGAGAAGUUGAGGAAACGGUAUAGAUCGGAGAUGCAGAGAGCGGUGUCGAUUCCUGGGAGUAGUCGUAGGUUUUCUUCUUCUUGGGUUCAUUUUAAACAUAUGGAUUCAUUGGAAAGAGGACCUAAUGUUGCUGCUGUUCCUCAAGUUGAAUCUGCUCCGCCAGUUCAGGAUGAUGAUGAAGAUGACGAGAAUGAGAUCGAUGAUGAUGAAGAACUGUAUCAAGCUACGAUUAAACGGCAUGUUCCGUAUAAUCGUGGCGGAUAUGAAAACGGGAAUGGAAGUGGAGGUGUGAAUGGGUUUCGGAUCAGAAUUCCUGGGGUUGUUCGUCCAAACGCGGUGAUGCCAGAAGUUAAUAAUAAUAAUAAUAAGUACAGUAAAUUUGGGGGGAGUAACCCUAGUUUUGGAUCUACUACUAGGGUUAUGAAAGAUGGGUAUUCUAAAAUGGGAAAGAUGGAUGAAUCAUCAGGGAAGAAUAAGAGGAAGAGGGGGGGAGAUCCGGUGGAGGAGAUGGCAUCUGCAAUAAAGUCACUUGGAGAUGGGUUUGUGAGGAUGGAGAAGAUGAAGAUGGAUAUGGCAAGAGAAGUUGAAUCGAUGAGAAUGGAGAUGGAGAUGAAACGGACAGAAAUGAUCUUGGAAUCUCAACAAAGGAUUGUUGAGGCAUUUGCUAGGGCUGCUUGUUCAGAGAAGAAAAGCAAGAUGAAGAUGAAGAGGAUGAUGAUGCAUUCACCUGAAUCUUGAAGCUUCUUUCUUCUUCUUCCUCUGUCUGCUAAAGAUUAUUAUUAUUAUUAAUUAUGUCAGGUUGGUUAACAAUCUUUUGUUUCCUCAAUCAAAUCAAAUCAAUCAAUCAAUCAGGUAUGAACAAACAAAUGCAUGAAAUCUCUGAUAUAUUUAGGCUGAGGUCAAUCUUUUUGGGUUUUUAUUUUGUUCUUGUGUAUGUUCUAGUGACUGACUGACUCUGUUAUGAGGUUAUGAAAUUUCUGAAUUUUCAGACU